AUGUUCAGCGUACCACAACACCAGAUGUACGGCUACCCGGCGCCAGUACCAGCAUCCAUGGUGCAGACAGCCGCACCCGUGGCCACAGCUCCCACUCGACAGUACGCGAACCACAGCAACAGCAGCGCCUUCAGCAGCUCAGCCAACCCGGACGAGGACUGGACCAAGAUCUCCGAUCUGGCCGAGCGGCGCCGGAUACAGAACCGGAUUGCCCAGCGCAAUUACCGCAAGAAGCUUAAGCGGCGUUUGGAGGACCUGGAGCGGCGUGCCAGCUCAUCCGACGGCAAAUCACCCCACUUCACGCCUCCACUGAACCACGACGACGACCUGCUGUUUGCGCCCACAACCUACGACGACCGCUCGCGCUCGCACACGCCCCCCAACAUGUUCUCAAACUAUUCCACCUACCCGGCGCCGCCAGAAGACAUGUUGGUCGGCAACGCGCACAGCACAGCCGCUUCUGCCCAGUCCUACCGCACGGACACGACUGCGGCAUAUAGCUACGACUGGAUCUUGGCGAACGAGGUUCCCGUCCCGCUGCCGUCAAUGGGCCACCACAGUCAACACGGCCACCACCAGUUUGGUGGUAGCCACAUCAAGCGGGAGGUAGGCGUCGACGAUGACGCCGCAGCUGUUGCUGCAGCUGUAGCUGCUACCACAAUCCCCCCCUACAUGAGCUAUCACUUCAUGCCAACGGCCGGCAUGGAUACGGCCAACCCCUUCGACUCGAACCCUCAUACCCCUCCGCUGGCACACUCGUACGACCACUCGACCAGCUGCUCCGACGCCGACUACGAAUAUCCCACGACACCAUUGUCCAUGGCAUCACCCGGAGUCGUGGCCUGA